AUGUCUGGCAUGGUAGCGGUGAAUCAGAUUGCCGCGGAGUCGGUGAGCGGCGGUGACGAGGCUACAGCAUCGUUAAUUACCACGGCUUUGGGGCUGAUUCACGUCCUCCAAGUCUACACUUCGGUCAUGGUCGCUGUGGCCGUUUGGGACUGGCUAACGUGUCUCAAAAUGGAGUGGGAGCGCAUAUGGAAGCGAAACUGGACACUUGUUAAAUUCUUAUACCUGUGGACCCGAUACUAUGGUCUCCUUUGUUUCUCCGUCAACUUGUGGCUCUUCAACGCAAACUUUACAACGGAACAAUGCAAAGCCUUGCAUUAUAUUAUAGCCGCAUCAUGUAUGUGGGCCACAUUGGGUUCAGAGGCCAUCCUCGCCGUUCGUACCUGGGCUUUCAUGGCUAAAGCAAGAUGGGUCGGUAUCAUGCUCGUCUCGAUGCUCCUCGGCGAAAUGGUGUUCCUACUCUAUGUGUCCAUCGCUGGAGUACACCAAACUGUACUUGUCUUUGAUGGGCCGUGCACUGCAAGCGAUGCCCCCGGAAAGCAUGUCGUUAUGGGCUUCUGGCUGGCACCGGUGCUGUUCGAUUUGAUCUGCACAGGAUUGACUCUGUUCAAGGCCAUUAAGACCAAUUCCCUCGUUCGUUCGCCACUCCUGGUAGUCUUCAUCCGUGAAGGCCUCUUCUACUUUUUGGCGGUCAGCGCGGUCAAUGUUUUAAACGCUGCGUUCAUGUUCCAAAGCAACGCAAACAUUCAAAACAUCAAUUCAUUCCUGGCUCUCAUCCUCGGACAAGUUCUUUGCUGCCGACUCGUCCUCAAUCUUCGUGCACCAUCGGACGCCUUGGAAAGCAACACGUUCAGCGGGCCUCGUCCGCCUACUAUGAACCGUUCACGGAAUCCGACGCAAGGUGUUUCGUCUUCUAUUCCUCUCGGUAAUCUUACCAGCGGAGGGACUCAAGACGAAGACCUCUACGGCGGAGUCAAGGUGCACGUGGACGUCGAGACGGACUCUCGGGGUGAUAGGGUGAAGGGUGAUCGCCUCUGA